AUGGCUUCGAAACGCCCGUAUGGUGAUGGGUUUGGUGGAUAUAGUGGCGGUGGUGGUGGGAGUGGUGACUCGCUGAAACGGCCACGGCGCACGGCGGCAGCAGAUCCAGAGGAGCGGAAUCGGGCUCGUGCGGAGGCCAGGAUGGCGGACGUCAUGUCUUCCCUCAUGAAGCACAAGCACGCCGGCCUCUUCCUCGCCCCCGUCGAUCCCCGCACCGCCCCCAGCUACGAGAAGUACGUGCAGACCCCCAUGGACCUCGGGACGAUCGAUAGGAAGCUGCAGGCGGGCGGGUUCGCUGGCGAUAUUCUGGGCUUUGCUGCCCAGGUCCGGCUCGUCUUCGCUAACUGUCUCGCUUACAACCCUCCCGGUGAUUGGGCGAGGGCGUGGGGGGAGAGCUGCGGUGGGGCCUUUGAAGCCAUGUACAACGCCAAACUCGCGCCGUUGCUAGCCGCCCAGUCGGACAUGUCGCACAUGCUGGCGGAUGAGGAGGGGUACGGAGAACCGCCAGACAACGAGUUGGCGGGGGGGCGCGGGAACGAGGGGGAGGGCAAGAUCAAGAAGUUGAAGGUUAGACUAAAGAGCAGCAGAGGCGGGGCGGACGGCGGUUCCGGCGGUGGCUUGACGUCAUCUAGUCCGGCGCCAGCAUCGCAGCACGGGGACUGGGGCUCACCAGCUUCGGGCGCCGUCCGCCCACCGUCGAAGAAAAGAAAGCCUCCGCAUCCAGGACCAGGGACGACCGGCGGCGGCGGCGGGGGUGGCGGCGGCGCAACUGGCGGCGUCAAACAGGUGCUCCCUAAGAUCCGGAUCACGUUCAACGCUAAGGGGACGCCGAAGAUCGCGCCUCCUGCUGCCGGGCGAGACUCGUCGCAGUCUCCAACCGCGGCGGCGGCGGCGGCGGCGGCGGCAGCAGCAGCGGGGCCACCCAACAACAGCAGCAGCAAGAAGCCGACAACCAUCAAGAUCGCCAGGGACGGUGGGAGCGAGAGGCAGCGGGGGCCGUCUUCCGUAGUGUUGACGAUGAAGGGCGGUAGCAAAAGUGGCGGCGGCGGUGGCGGCGGGAACACCGGGGCGGGGGUCUUGGUGCUGCCCCGGCGCCCAAGGGGAGGAUCGAACCCGCAGGGGAUGGCGGCGGCGGCGGCGGCGGGGGGGGAGGCGAAGUACGGCAAUGGGGGGCGGCAGGACGAGGACGCGCAAGAGCGGCAGGAGCUACUCGAGGAGGAGGAGGAGCAGGAGCUGCAGCUACGGCAAGGGGUAGCAGCAGCCCCCUCCGAGGAGGCCUCACGGAAGAAGUGUAUCAAGCAGGCCCAGAGGCUGCUGCGCAAGACUCUCCUACCCUUUCGAUUCGGGCCCUACGAGGUCGUCAGCUUCGGGAUCGUGUCGCCACGGCCCGGGUUUCACACGAAGGCGUUCAUGUUCCCGCCGGGGUACCGGUGCACUCACUCGCGAUUUGUGCGGUGUAAUUCCAAACAGUAUCCGGGGAAGAAGCUUGUGGUUCGGUGCGAUUCCGAGGUGGUUGAAGGGGAGCGAUCCCCGCUGUUCCAAGUGGAGCACUGCGGACAGUUGCUGGCCGAGGCCGCGUCGGGGAUAGAGGCGUGGCACGCAUGCCUUCAGCUGGACGGGGCUCUGGCUCGGCGAACGGUGUUUCGCCUCGUAAGGUGCAAGUCUGUGUUGAACCGGCUGUGCUGCAACGAGGACGUGAUAGCGUUCCUGGAGAGCGUCGACCCGGCAGAGGUGCCGGGGUACCACACCAAGAUCACGCGGCCGGUGCACAUGCGCCUUGUGGACCAGAGACUCAAGCGGGGUGGCUACGUCAACGAGUUCGCUUUUGCGAGCGACGUGCGGCUAGCGUGGUCCAACGCGAAGCUUUUCAACAGAGAGGGGUCGGAGCUGUGGUUGGCGGCGGACCGGUUGUCGCGAGAGUUCGAAGCGCUGUUCUGCGAGUGGGUCAUCAACCCACCUGAUGGAUACGGGAGAGGCACGCAAGGGAAUGCGCCCGCGCGAGGGCCGUGGGACGACUGGCAGGAGCUGAGGUACUUCGACAACCUCCAGCGCUGCAGGGGGUGUGCCAAGGCGGCCACGAAGGGUAAGUCGGCGGCGGCGGCCGUGACGACGGCGGAAGAGGCGGAGACCGCCCGCAGAAAGAGCAUGCCGCCCGAGCUUGUGUGCUCGGCUUGCGAGGACGAGUGGCACGCGAUCUGCCUCGGAGACGGCAACAACGCCGGCGGCGGGAGUGGUCCGGCGGCGGUGGCGGCGGCGACGAAGGCGUCCUUGGAAGGACGGCCGUUUCUGUGCCCCAGGUGGUGCUCACCCCGACGGGGUCUGUUGUCGUCGGCACCGAGGCGGCGAACGCGUGCGCGAAGGCCCACCGGGGCAGGGUCUCUUCGGACCAGAGGAGUGACGGAGAGCAUCGAUCCCGCCGACGGCGGUGUCGGCCUUGGAGCCGACGGACACCUCGGGCUCAUCGCUCCCGACAUCAAGAUACGGGUGGAGGGGCUGCCAGGGGCGGACAGCUGCGACUUGUACGCCUUUAAGAGUGCCGCCCAUCGGCGAGAGGACGCGGGCAGGGCGGCCGUAGAGAGAAGCAAGGCCCUCGGCGCCCUCCAGGCCGUUCGCAGAAAGCUCCGGUCUCGGCUGUCGGAGGAGCGGUGGCACUGGUCACGCCGACGGGGGCGGUCAGGGGAGGAGCGGCAGACCUGUUCCAAGGCGGACACGUACGCGGCGGCGAAGGAGCAAGCCGCGAAGAAGCGCAGGGAGGAUACGCAGAUGGGGCGACCAGCUGCGGCCCCUCUCGAGUCGAGCGAGCUUCUCCCACCGACCCUGGGAAAACCGAGUCCGCUGUUUCCAUGCGACCCUGCGUUGUCCGGGUGCUCCAAGACCGUGGAGCAGGCUCUCAUGGCGUGGGACUUCCUCUCCUCUACGCGCGACUUGGUGGGGAUGGUACUCCCUCCGACGAAGCGCAUGAUCCACGCGCUCACCCCCCCCACGGGAAAGGCCGUCGCCAUCCCCACGCCAUCAGAGCUGGCCUUCUCCGAGGCUUGCAUGCUGCUUACCAAGAUACUCCUGGUGGAGGUGCGGGACGUCCUGCGGAGGCACAUGUCCAAGAAGCUGGUCGACGACGUACUGGCGCAGAGACCGGUGAACCUGCUGACCUGGCCAGAGGUGGCUGGUGAUGCCUUGGUGGCGUUGGCGAACCAUCGGGCACACCCGGAGAUGCGGACGAGUGAGAUGGCGGCGCUCCUCAGCGUCCGACCGUCGGGCUGGCUCGCGAGGUGCGGAGACAUGGUGGCGAUUUUGAUCUCGAGGCCGCUGGCGGCGGCGUUCGUGCGACCGGUGGACCCCGCACAAGUGCCCGGGUACGCGGACGUCGUGUCCAAGCCUAUGGACCUGAGCACCGUGCGCCGAAGGCUCUGGAGCCGGCGCUACCAGUGGCACCAAGAAGUUGUCGACGACCUGCGUCUCGUGUGGUCCAACGCGAAAGUGUUCAACCAGGAGAACACGGACUUUUGGCACGCCGCGGACUCGCUCGCGCUGCUGACCGAGUCCCUGUACGAGUCAUGGGUGUUGCAGCCGGAGAGACGGAGAGACGCCGAGAGCAUGAAGGAGGCGGGGCUGGGAGUCGUGGACGCUCCCACCCCCGCCGCCUCCGCCACCGCCGCCGCCGCUGCUCCGGGGGCGACGACGCCAGCCAUGGGCGCGCAGGUUAAGCAAGAGGAGCACACAACGCCAGGUACCGCCACCGCGGGUGAAACCGCCGCCGCCGCAGCCGGCGGGGUGGUCGUGGUCAAGAAGGAAGAUGGGCACCCCGCGGUCGGCGCUGCUGGCACAGACGCCACCGGUGCCGCGAUGCCCUCCACGCCGCAGGCGGCGGCAUCGGGGGUUGUGCCUGAGACCCCGUUGUCCUCCUCCUCCCCCGCCGCCGCUGUGGGGACGGACAUCAGCGCGGCUUCUACUGCUGCUGCUGCUGCUAGUACAACCACGGGGAUGGACGUCGAUCAGAGUGGGGCUGGGGACGCUGACGUGCUCGUGGUGAAAGAAACCGCAAGCGCCAGAGAGAGGGCUGCCGUGGAGAUCGGUGGCGGCGGCGACGGCGGCAGCGAGUCUGGGGAUUUGGACGGGGACGACUCGGACGGCGAAGAGCCGCAGUUCGAGGCACCGGGAGACGACGAAGCGCCCGUCCGGGAGCUAGCGCUUGUCCCCGCAGGCAUCGAACGUCACUGGACAACAACAGGUGCCGACGAUGUGAAAGAGGCGGCCGGCGUCUGCUGUCUCUGCGGCGGAGCCGAACUUUCCGCCGGAUCCGACCCCGUCGACUCCCUGUCGUCCUCGGGGGCGCCGCUGCUGGCGAACGGCGGCGAGGAGACGAAGGAGGGGGAGGGGGGGGCGAGGGGGGGGGAGAUGUGGGUGAUCAUUCCUCCCGAGCUCAAGACGCUCCCGGCCAAGCUGCUGCCGCGGUUCGCUGACCUGAGGCGAGGAAAGGCCGCCGACGUCGUCAAGACUACGCCAGAGGAGGGAGCCGCCACCCUGUCGUCGGCGCUCUCGCCGAGCUGGUUGCGGCGGCUGUAUCGCACCCCCCGGGACCGCGCGGGAGACGAGUCGUUGUCGUCGUCGAGCAGCAGCAGCAGCAGCGAUUCCGAGGAUUCCGGUUCCGACUCCGACUCCGACAAUGCUUCCGGCCGGGACGUCGACGACGCCAACCAAGACGAAACGGCCGUCGCCGCGGCGACGGCGGAUGGAGGGACGGGAGUUGCACCGACCGAGGGGGAGGGGGCGGGGGCGGGGACGGCACCGGCGUCGUCUUCGCCCGAGGCUUGCUACGCUUCCCAGGCCAACAGAAGGGAGGGGAACCCGUUUGAGGCUCGCAUCGCGGCGCACGCUGGGUGCGUCAAGAAGCUGUGGCGGGCUCGGUACUUGGCGCUCCGUGAGGCAGGGGCACCGGCGGCCAACAACAACGUGCCGGGAGGGGCAACACCGGCGGAUCAACAACAACAAGCAUCCGCGGGAACGGUUGUUGUUGUGGAGGGGGAGCCGACAGCGACAACGGCGGUGGCCGGCGGCGCGGCCGGCGUGUUGGCGGGGGUCGCGGCGUUGCCGCUGACGGUCGUGGCGGGGGCGGGGGCCGAGGUGAACGGCGAGGGGGAUGUGGAGACGGACGUUGACAGCCAUGUCGACGAGCAAGAGCUUGCGAAGAAAAUGCAGGCUGGCUUCGCACGACGAGACUACUGCCGCAACCGCCCCCUCGGCAGAGAUCGUUAUGGCAACGAGUACUGGCGGUUCGCAGGGGACAAGAACCUAGUCCUCGUGCGUAGACACGGCUGCUGGUGGGGGACCUACGACGGUCCGGAAAAGAUGCAAGAGCUGGUGCGCAGCUUGGACGUGGACAUAGACAACGAGAGGAAUCUUCGCAAUAGGCUUCACGAGGCCGUCGACGUGUGGGGUGUGUCGGAUAAGGUGGACCUGUACCUGAAAGCGAAGAAGGCGGCGAAGGAAAGGGCGGAGGGCGGCGGCGGCGGCGGGUGGGGUGUGUGGGGCGGGUCGAAGUCCGGUAGGAAGGGCGAGGGUGGCGCCACCACCAACCUGGAGGACAGGAGGAAGGAGGAGGCGGACCGCAUCCGCGGCCACCUUGAGAGGGUGAAUGGGCCCUCGCAGUGGCAAACGUGCCACAACGCUCGAGACUCGUGGCUUGCGACGGAGUGCCGGUCUCUCGAAGAGUUCCUGCCGGUGAAGGCGGCGGGGUCGGGGGACGUCGCGGCCGACCACCGCUUCGUGUUGGGGAGCGUCCGCCAGCAGCGGCUCUUCGCCCGGUCGGUGGAGCUGCGUCUCGGGGAGUACCUGGAGACGUAUGACGACGAGAGGAUGAAGGCGGUGGAGUCGGCGUAUCGCAACGGGGACAUCGACCGGCAGAACCUGCUUGCCGUCGGCGGCGGCGGCGCUGGCCUGGCGCUUGGGAGCGGGCAGGGCGGCGUAGGUGCUGCUGCGGCGAGUGGAGGAGGAGCAGCGGUGAGAGAGGCGUCGGCGGCGGUGGCUGUAGGGGGUGGUAGUGGCGCAACAGCGGGGAGUGCGGCUGCUGCUGCUGCUGCCCCGGGGAUGGGCGUGGCGCUCUCCUUGGAGGGGGCCGCCGCGGGUGCCAAGACCCGUAAGGGUGGCCCCGAAACGCUUUCGCCGAGGCCUGGCUCAGCUUCGUUGCCAGGGUUCGACGAGGACGACUUGAACACGUCAAGAACGUACUGGGAACCGUCGGUAGCCCCGGUUGGGCUCGUGUCUCCGGAGAUGGUGAAACUCAAGGUGGAGAUGCUCGCCGUAGCGCUGUGCCUCCCGCAGCAGUGGGAACGCGUAAACGCCGUCCGGUCCGUGUCAUCCAGAGGAAGAAUCCGGCAGCGGCCAGCCGGCUACGAGAACGACGACGACACCUCCACCGCCGCCUCCACCUCCGCCUCCGCCGCUGAGACCGAGGCGAGGGCCAGGGCGAUGGCCGGCGCCGCCCCCGAUGGACAGCGCCCGAUCUCGCCCGUGGCCAUGGCGCCGGGGGAGUUCUUCCAGCCGUCGAGGGUGAUCGCGCCGGAGCUCGCCGCCGCGCUGAAGGAGGCGGUCGAGGAGCAGGAGGCCUACAAGACACAAGUGGCCGAAGCCGCCACCUCCGCCGCCACCGCGGCAUCGGCCGGCGGCAAGGAGGAAGCCGUAGACGGCGACGAUGAUGAUGAGGUGGUGGAUAUCGGCAUGGAUGUGGCCAACACCGACGGAGGUGCCGGUGCCGGUUCCGGCGCCGGCGCCGGAACCGAGGGAUUGAGCGGGGACCGGCCGGGCAGCGGCACCGCAGAGGCGGCACCCGGGGAAGCACCUCCCGUGUCGCCGGCGAAGCCGAAGGUGGCUCCCGAGCCGGUCGUCCCGGAUCAGCCGUUCGUGAGGAAGGCGCAAGGGAAGUGGGCGUCGGUGGAGUCGAGCAGCGACGAAGAAGAUUUCGGGGCGGUGGUCUCCAUGCUGGUGGAUCUGGAGGACUGGCGGGAGAGGGUGCGGCGCGCCGACGCGACAGAGCAGCUGGCGAUCCUAGCCCUGGAGUUGGACUACGCCAUCCCCCGAGAGGAGGGUUGGCUCGAGCAGUGGUACAAGACGGAGAACUUUGCCGAGCCCCGGCUGGGCGGCGGCUCGUCGCUGGCCGCCGCCGCCACUCGGGUGUUCGCGCUGGAUCGGGCGCUUCGGUGGGACAUCAUCCCGCGUCCGCGUCGGGGGGGAAGCCGGCUCCCGGGGGACCUCCCCCGAGCGUGGUCGUUCUUCUAUCAGUGCCCAUUGUCUCCCCUGUGUAUGCGGCCGUGCAUGCACAAAGGGAAGUGCAAAGCCCACCGCACCAUGGUUACGCGGGUGGAUCAUCCGAUGAUCGUCCCCGAGUCGACGGAACCGGCGCCCUAUUUGGCACAGCAUGCGACCGGGCAAGCGGCAGCGGCGGCGGCGGCGGCGGCGGCGCACUCGGCGAGUUAUUCGUACACGCCGGCGGCGCCAGUCCCAGCCCCUGCUCCUCAAACACCAGCGCACUCGGCAAGCUUCGCGCACGUGUAUGCGACCCCUCCGGUGCCCGCAGUGGCACCGUCACCGGCGCCAGCAACGGCACCGACUCCGGCUCCGGCUCCUCCGGCCCCUGCCGCUCCUCCUCCUCCGACGUACACUCACCAACUUUUCGCCCGACACACGACCCAGGCGCAAGGCACGGGCGCCUCCGUUCCUGCGCCGGCUACGGGCACCGUGGCGGCCGCUGCUCUGUCACACGCCAUACACAAUCAGCAGCACUUUGCUGCCGCGCAAGCUGCUGCUCUGGCUCAGCAAGCCUCGGACAGGCCCGAGAGGGUGUCGCGGCCGCAGUGGCCGCCGCUUCAGCAGCAGCCGGCGUUGGCGUUGGUGGUGGGAAUGGCGCUGCUGGUAGUGCCCCUCAGCCCACUACGGCGGCGGCGCCUGCGGGGCUCAACCUCGCGGUGCCCCCUGCAGGAUUGCCUUUGUGGUUUCAGGGCUUGCAGCAUGCCACCCCGGAACAAAUGCGAGAUUUUCAGGCGAAGAUCGAGGCAGCGGCAAGGAACGCUUGGGCGGCAACCGCCCGAGGCGCGGCCGGAGAACCGCAACCUCCCCCAGCAACACCCGCGCAGCUGCUAGCGGCACACCAUGCGGCAUCUCAAGCGGCAUCGAGGUCGGUGGGAAUUGCUCCGGCUGCAUCUCACGAGGUGACGGCAGCAAUGCAGCAGCAGCAGCAGGCCGCAGCAGUACAACAGCAGCAGCAGCAGCAGGCCAGCGCGGCACAGCUGCAGCAGGCGGCAGCAGUACAGCAGCAGCAGCAGCAGCAGCAGCAGCAGGCCAGUGCGGCACAGCAGCAGCAGGCCGCAGCAGUACAGCAGCAGCAGCAGCAGCAGCAGCAGCAGGCCAGUGCGGCACAGCAGCAGCAGGCCGCAGCAGUACAGCAGCAGCAGCAGCAGCAGCAGGCCAGUGCGGCACAGCUACAGCAGACCACGGCCGUUCAGCAACA